UGCUAAUCAGCUCUGACGCGACGUGUAUCUCAUCUAGUCUUGUCGUUGUUUCAUCUCUUUAAACGUCGAGGUUGGGGCUGUCUCGACAUUCAUCUGGCUCCCCCUCUAUCGAUUCCCGAUACCUUAUCGUCACCCCUCCGGACUCCAGCCCACGAUGGACCGCCGCGUUGCCCUGCGGCUUUCGCUGCUCCUCAACGUCCUCCUCCUCGCCGCCCCGAUAUACACUCUCUUCUUCGUGGCCCCUGCCUUCCACCGUUCCGAGACGCGGCUUGAGUGGAACGAGCCAGUCGUAGGAAACGAGCUGGUACAGGUGCCCAGCACGCCUCCCGAGCCGGUGUUCGAGUGUGGGAUAAGCGACGCGGGCCCCACUGGACGUCGGUUAGCUGCGACAUUCGGUGAUGCAGCGCUGCGCCGCAGCGUAGCUUAUUCCGGCUCGAACCACCGCUUGCGACGGGUGCUGGCGAAGAUGCGCGCCGGCGAGCCGUUCUCCAUGGGUGUGCUCGGCGGAUCAGUCUCAGCAGGGCACGGCAUGCACCGAUCCAAAGAGGAUGAGGCACACAUCAUGCACCGGGUGCUCUUCGACCACCUCGACUCGCAAUUCCCCGCCGCCGAACCCGCCGCGGAGGGCCGAGUGGAGAAGGGCGGCAAGCGCAACGUCUAUUGGAAUGGGGCGCAGCCAGCGCGUGGGUCCGACUACUUCUCCUAUUGUUCGGCAUUGCAUCUGAAUCGCGACGUAGACUUGGUCAUUGUCGAACUCGCGAUCAAUGACCCCUUCGGCCUCAACUACGUUCAGCACUUUGAGAAUCUCGUCCGCUCGCUGCUCGAGCUGCCUUCUCAGCCUGCCGUGCUCGUGGUGAACUCUUUCGCCCUCAGCUUCGAGCGGAUAAGCAUGGGCGGCGACUUGAACUUCGGCAAUGCGCAGUUUUACGACCUGCCUGUUGUGAGCGCGCGGAACGCUCUGCUUCCGCUUGCGCUCCAGAACCAUACCCUACUUACCGAGUGGUUCGCCAGCAUGAACUUCAAGCCGAUCGAGGAUGAUCUCUCCAACGCCGACCUGCGCCACUUCGCCAAGCCUCUGCACACUGUCACUGGCGAGCUUAUGACCGCUUACAUUGAGAGCCAGCUGUGCGAGAUGGACCGCAUCGAGCAUCGCCGUCCCCGCGCCACCCCUGAGGAUCUCUACCCCGUCGAACCUGUGCCACGCGUCCGACUGCAGGACAAGUACGCUAUCGACCGCGACUUCCCCAAGCUACAGCCAUUUUGCAUUGCCACCAACUCAGACGAGUAUCCGCUGGCGCCCAUCAAGCAGAACGGCUGGAGGGCCUGGGCGUGGAAGGACAAAAAGUACCUCAUUGCCGAAGAGGUGGGCGCCAGCCUUACCUUCGAGUUCACCACUGUGCUCGGUACCGCCAAUCUAUACUACCUGCGCAGUUGGGAGUUCCCCCUCGGCCAGCUUAACUGCUGGAUCGACGACGACAAGGGAACCGCGAAGAUCUCCAAUGGUCGGUGGACCAAUAAAAUGAACAUCGGCCAGUCGACAACCUGGCAUGGCUUGACAGAGGGCAAGCAUACUCUCAACUGCGAGAUCAUCCAGUCCACCGACGACCCCAGUGGCGGCCACGAGUUCCGCCUUAUGUCCCUCAUGACCCUGUAGACGUUGAUUAGACAUUUUUCCUGUAUGUGCAAUAUUCUGGCGGUCCAUGUCAUUUGUGUGGGUGCACG